AUGCAGCGGCCACUGCCGAGAAACCUCGUUUUCAAAGUUCGCUUCCGGUCGGCUGCAACCCCCAUAAGUAACAACCUACAGUCAACAGCAACUUCUGACGGAUAUGUUGAUGUUCUGGACGAAAGAUUUCCAUGUGACAACACCAAAAGUACUGGAAGUCACUCACGCAGAGUUUCUAUUCCAACUAGCUUCUUUGACAACGACUAUUCUACCGAGUCUGAAUGGGUGGAGCAGAUUGACGGACUGAUAAUUGACGAGGGCAGUGAGGGCUCACAUCGAGAUAAGAGUCGGAAGUAUGUUGGUCAAUGCAACGGUAAACUUAUCAGGCGUGAUCAAAUACGGGCUCAGUUUCGUUCUGCCAUGGGGCAACUGUCGGAGGAAGCAUGUCUUCUCGCAUUUAGUUUGAUGGACAGGUUCGGCCGUUUAAAAGCAGAUUUUAAGAGUCAUCCGGUCAAGAAAGGCACUGGGCUAUGGAGCUCGGGGCUAGAGAGCGGCGACAUAUUUCUAAUCGAAUCCUUGCAAGUCGAGAAGCCAUGUCAACUUUUCGAACAAGGCAUUGUACUCGUGAAAACUGUGCUAGAAAAGGUUCGGAGGCAAACACCUGGGUUCGUUGCUAUUGUACGUCCAAGUGGAGCUCCAUGUGAUUCCAGUAAGAAAGAAGUACUCAGACUUUCUCCAAAGAUGUCUUCACUAGACAGUUUGGAAUGUUUCUGGCGGGAAUUGGGGUUUCGACGCAUAGGAUCUUCGGCGUGGUUUGGACUUUCCUUGGACCCAAAACACCCAUGCCAUCGUCUAGACGCUGCCCACGACUUUAUGAUCCCAAAAGUCCCACCAAUGACUUCGGGAAUCUCAGACGAUGAGAUUUUACCGAGAAUGAAAGCUGCUCUAAAAUUUAGCAGUGAUGAUGACUCUUUGAAAAUCCUUAAGCAACUCACACAUGAUGCAGCGAGGGAUGGUCCACACCUGGGAUCGAUCGAUACUGCGAAUGGUGACACCAUUUUGCACCUUGUUGCAGUCGGCACCAGGCCUAAUUGCGUGCGAUUCAUUUUGGACAGGAAGAAGUCACUUCUCCACAUGCGCAAUUUCCAUGGCGAAACCCCAUUGGAUGCUCUCGUUACAAAAUUGGAGGAAAAAAGAACCACACAUCGCCACGAUGCCAUGGUCAAAGAUAUUUCGGAUAAUUUUGCUGGGUUUAGCGAUCCUGACGUUGACUGUCUUAUACUUCUGGAUGGCAGUACUGAUUUCAGCGAAACAAAUAUCCAGCGCGUGAGGUACGGGUGUAGUUGUGGGCAAUGCAUAUCUGGCUGCCUGAGCCCGCGAAUGCGCGUAGCCCUGGAGCUUGUGGCCGGUAUAUGGAGUGAAUUUCUUUGCGACUUUAUCGACGAUGGGGACUUAUGGGUUCGGCAGAACCGCGUGUGUUUCACUUUCCUCUCAGAUGAUGUACAGAUGCAUCUUAAGAACGACAAGUGUAUGAGGAAUGGGUUCAGGAAUCUCUGUGUGCAUUUCAUCAAUUGCCUGCGGGGGAAUAUGAUUCCUAAUGAUCAUAACGUGCAAUUAGUGUUGAAUCACGGUGGUGAGUCACCUCCUGAUUCAUGGUACUUCCUACAACGAGGUGGAAGUGUUGAUGCAGUAGCUUCUAUGCUCUUCCAAUUCGCAAUGGAAAGCGAUGAGCUGGCUGGGGAUGCCACGCACUCCGAGGAUCAAUUUCAGCUCCCUCGGUGCAGGAACGACCAUGAAUUUGGCUUCGUCAGUGGAUUGUGUGGAUAUGAGAGAAUAUCACCUAGUAAAAGUCAAUCUGCCAGAUUCUGA